ACCCUCUCGUGCUGACGAGAGCUUCUUUUCAUAACUAUUUGCCAUCGGAGCAACAUUCUCGAUCACACGCAUAUCUUCAAUAUUGGAUAAAUCACAGCCACAAUGUCACUCAAAAGAGCAAAUUCAGCGUCUUCUUUCCUCACAGGGACGACUCUCGAAAACGAGCCCGACGAGCAGUUCACAAAGCAAGACUCAAGGCUCGAGGUUCACGAAGUCUCAAACGAAGGCUCAUCCUCAUCCUCUCACCAGCCCGCUUCACAAAAGACGCCGCAAUCGCAACAGCAAAAGGACCGCAAGCCGAUCCCCAAAAUGAUUGCGCACCUUAAAUACAAGUAUCGGAGAGCGCAACGCCGCCGUAAAUCUACGCCUGUCCCCGCCCGUAAGCGCAUAGAACGCAUGGACCUCGAAUAUCGCUGGGCUACCGGGUCAUCUAAAGAUCCGUCCGCCUGGCGAAUGCGAGGAGAUCUGCGUUAGAAUUCCGGGUUCUUUUUUUGGUCCAUCAACGAAGGCCGGCGAAUGACAUUCAGGAUUUGUGGUCCUUCGACUAGCAUCCACAUGCCCGUUCGCGAAUCCAUAUCAUGUCGAUGCCAGCGCGAGAAGCUUGUUCCGCAGCGCGGCGACAAAGGCCUUGAUCAUUCUGGUGAUGGCCAACACGGGAGAGCCAAAAGACUGCAGCGCCCGUUAGCUGCGGUUGCGACUGCU